GUGCCUGCCUGCCUGCCUUCUUUCGCUAGCCAUGCAGUGCUGGGGGAGACUGGUGCUGCUGCUGAGCCAGGGAGCCCCCAGAGCAGCCGCCCUGGGAUUAGGAAGGGCCAGGAGGAGCCCCAGGGGCUGGCAGGCAGCAGCAUCAGGGCAGCCCCUGAGAAGGAGCACCACCACCAGCAGCAGCCCCUCCGCCCCCUCGCCUCCCCUCGCAGCAGGCAGCCCAGGGGCAGCCUCCUCGGCCACCUCCAGGCUCAUCGAGGCUCUCCUUCCCAGGCAUGAUGACUUCUCCGAGAGGCACAUUGGCCCCGGGGACAAGGAGAAGGCAGAGAUGCUCCAGACCCUGGGGCUCCAGAGUAUUGAGGAGUUGAUCGAUAAAACCAUUCCUGCCGACAUCCGCUUGCGACGGCCUCUGAAGAUGGAUGACCAUAUCUGUGAGAAUGAAAUUCUUGAAACUUUGCACAAUAUUGCCAGCAAGAACAAGAUCUGGAGAUCCUAUAUUGGCAUGGGAUAUUACAAUUGUUCAGCUCCUCCAGCUAUUGUGAGGAAUCUGCUGGAGAAUGCAGGAUGGGUCACACAGUAUACACCCUACCAGCCAGAAGUAUCACAAGGCAGGCUGGAGAGUUUGUUGAAUUACCAAACUAUGGUGUGUGACAUUACAGGAAUGGAUGUGUCCAAUGCUUCUUUACUGGAUGAAGGGACUGCUGCAGCAGAAGCUAUGCAGUUGUGCCACAGGCAUAAUAAGAGGAGGAAGUUUUAUGUAGACAUCAGAUGCCAUCCUCAGACGAUAGCAGUAGUCCAGACAAGAGCAAAUUACACUGGCAUCAACAUUGAGUUGAAGUUACCUUAUGAGAUGGACUUCAGUGGUAAAGAUGUCAGUGGAGUGCUGUUUCAGUACCCAGAUACUGAGGGAAAAGUGGAAGACUUCACUGGACUAGUUGAUCAAGCUCAUCAGAAUGGGGUAAAACAAGCCAAUAUCACUAUCCCAUUUCAUUUUAUAUGUGUUCAAAUGUUUAAUUUAUUAACUAUAGUUGUAGAAAGCAAUUAUCACAGCCCAGGACAAACAGAUUUAUUUACUUCCUCCCAACUUUGUGCCCUUUAGGCCCUUCUGGCUAAUAUGGCUGCAAUGUUUGGAGUCUAUCAUGGUGCUAAUGGAUUAAAACACAUUGCGAGGAGGGUGCAUAAUGCCACUCUAAUCUUAGCUGAAGGACUGAAGAGAGCUGGCCAUAAACUCCAGCAUGACCUAUUUUUUGAUACUUUGAAAAUCCAGUGUGGAUGUGGCAUCCAAGAAGUCUUGCACAGGGCAGCUCAGAGACAGAUAAACCUGCGGAUUUACAGUGAUGGUGCACUUGGAGUAUCUCUUGAUGAAACUGUAACUGAAAAAGACCUGGAUGACCUAUUAUGGAUCUUUGGCUGUGAAUCUUCAGCUGAACUGGUCGCAGAGAGCAUGGGUGAAGAAACAAGAGGCAUUUUUGCUACUGCAUUUAAAAGAACCUCAAAAUUUCUGACACACAAAGUAUUCAACAGCUAUCACUCUGAAACAAACAUUGUUCGAUAUAUGAAAAGAUUAGAAAACAAAGAUAUUUCCCUUGUUCACAGCAUGAUUCCCUUGGGGUCCUGUACAAUGAAGUUGAAUAGUUCAUCAGAACUUAUGCCUAUUACAUGGAAGGAAUUUGCCAAUAUCCACCCCUUUGUACCUCUAGAUCAGGCUCAAGGCUACCAGCAGCUUUUCAGGGAACUGGAGAAGGAUCUGUGUGAGAUUACAGGCUAUGACAAAAUUUCUUUUCAACCCAAUAGUGGAGCUCAAGGUGAAUAUGCUGGACUGGCUGCGAUCAAGGCUUAUUUAAACGCAAAAGGAGAAUGGCAGCGAAGUGUCUGCCUUAUUCCUAAAUCUGCCCAUGGUACCAACCCAGCCAGUGCUCAAAUGGCAGGAAUGAAAAUUCAGCCAGUGGAAGUAGAUAAAAAUGGAAACAUUGAUGCUGGUCAUCUUAAGGCAAUGGUUGAUAAGCACAAGGAAAACCUAGCAGCUAUCAUGAUCACCUAUCCAUCCACUAACGGUGUCUUUGAAGAGGAAAUCAGUGAUGUGUGUGACUUAAUUCAUAAACAUGGAGGCCAGGUUUACUUAGAUGGAGCAAAUAUGAAUGCCCAGGUUGGCCUAUGUCGUCCUGGAGAUUAUGGCUCAGAUGUCUCUCAUUUAAAUCUUCACAAAACCUUUUGCAUUCCUCAUGGAGGAGGAGGACCUGGCAUGGGACCAAUUGGAGUGAAGAAGCAUUUGGCUCCUUUCCUGCCUAGCCACCCGGUCAUUGCAUUGCAGCAUGACAAAGCUUCCAGCCCCCUAGGAACAAUUAGUGCUGCCCCUUGGGGAUCUAGUGCUAUAUUGCCCAUUUCCUGGGCUUAUAUCAAGAUGAUGGGAGGAAAAGGCCUAAAGCAUGCAUCUGAGAUUGCAAUACUAAAUGCUAACUAUAUGGCAAAAAGACUAGAGAAGCACUACAAAAUCCUCUUUAGAGGAGUCAAAGGGUAUGUGGCUCAUGAGUUUAUAUUGGACACCCGACCUUUCAAGAAAACUGCAAAUAUUGAAGCUGUGGAUGUUGCUAAGCGGCUGCAGGAUUAUGGAUUCCAUGCUCCAACUAUGUCCUGGCCGGUAGCAGGGACUCUUAUGAUUGAACCAACAGAGUCUGAAGACAAGGCAGAACUUGACAGAUUUUGUGAUGCAAUGAUCAACAUUCGACAAGAAAUUGCUGAUAUAGAGGAAGGGAGAAUGGAUUCUAGAAUUAAUCCAUUAAAGAUGUCACCACAUACCUUGGCAUGCAUUGCUGCUCCGAAUUGGGACCGUCCUUACUCCAGAGAAGUAGCUGUUUUUCCACUACCAUUUGUGAAACCUGAAAAUAAAUUCUGGCCCACAAUUGCUAGAAUUGAUGACAUCUAUGGAGAUCAGCAUCUGGUCUGUACCUGCCCACCAAUGGAAGUCUACGAAUCACCUUUUGAUGAGCAGAAGAGAGCAUCAUCUUAGGACCAGCCUCCCUUUCUCCAUUCAAUCGCCCUAUUUUUCUUUUGAAGUUACUGGGCUUAAUCUUCCUUGCUACAUUUGUUUAUGAAGAUGGAUGGAUUUUUUCCAUCCCAGUGAGCAAACUUUAUAUACAAUGUAUAUUUUUAAAAUCUCUUAUGCUGUUAAAUUCUUGUGCAGCUACCUGUAAAUAUACUUGUAUUAGGUGAAAACAAACCAACUUGAUGCAGUGCCUCUGUUUCUCCAGCAGUCCACGCGGAUGUGGCCUUGAUCUGUUGAGAACCAGAGUUGCUUCAUUGUAGUUAAGGAUUAGAGGUGUAUGAAUAAAGCAAAAACUUUUUCUAA